AUGAAUCGUCACCCGCCCUCCAGCUUCGGGGAUGAGCCCCCGUCUUAUGACCAAGAGACUUCUUCGUUCUUAUCCGAAGCAGAAUCUCCGUCGCGCCAAACUGGCCCGACAAUGCGCCUGCUUCCUACUAGUGGUGAGGAGUAUGGUGACUUGAGCGAAAGCCCAACAGCCGGCUCGCCAUUCUAUCAACAAGGCUAUAACCAAGUCUAUGACCAAGACUUUGACACAACUCCAACCGGACAAACACAAGAAUAUGAUAGUCGAUUUUACCAGGUACCGAGCGCCAGCUCGCCUUCACGUCCCGCGUCAAGCUUGUCUGGCGUCCCGAAUAUGCCCCCACCAACUGCCAGUCUAGCCGACCCUUCAGUCUACCCAUCAAUACCGCCACGCACAGGGUCUCCCAUUCGACCAUGGAGCCCAGGACAUGUUCGACCUCCAUCUGUUUCGAGCGUUGGAUAUGAACGCGCCGAUCUCAAUGGCAGUCCUCGACCGGGUACCUCGAGCUCACGCUACACAGGUAGUCCUCGACGACCACUGCCCCCGGCUCCAUUAUUCUCUGGGCCUACCGCAUCUAUGGGAGCAGAUAGCAGCAUCGAUAUUGGCGACAUGAGCGAAGACCCCUUCGGUGAUCCCUUUGGUGGCGGUGGCCAGACCAUCAGCCACAACUCCCGCGGCAGUGUACGAUCAUUCCAGAGCGAAUCAACUUUUAUGGGCGACGAAAAGGACGCUAUGUCCAAGAUUGAUCUAGAUGAGGAAUAUGAUGAAGCCAGCCUGGAUCCGAAUAUGCAUUACGGUCCCGCCCCCGACAAACAGGCUCGCCGAGGUGUCCGUGAUGCUCAGGUGUCGAAGAAGGAGGUUCAGCUGGUUAAUGGUGAACUGAUCCUGGAGUGCAAGAUUCCCACCAUUCUGCACAGUUUCCUUCCUCGCCGCGAUGAGCGUGAGUUCACUCAUAUGAGAUACACCGCUGUGACCUCCGACCCCGACGACUUUACUAGCCGUGGUUACAAGCUUCGACAGCAGAUCGGCAGCACUGCUCGUGAGACUGAGUUGUUUAUUUGUAUUACCAUGUACAACGAAGACGAGAUCGGUUUCACCCGAACUAUGCAUGGUGUCAUGCGUAACAUCAGCCACUUGUGCUCCCGUACCAAGUCUCGUACUUGGGGUAAAGACGGAUGGAAGAAGAUUGUCGUCUGCAUUAUUUCUGAUGGUCGUAAGAAGGUCCACCCUCGCACUCUUAACGCUCUGGCUGCUCUUGGUGUUUACCAAGAGGGUAUUGCCAAGAACGUUGUCAACCAGAAGGAGGUCCAGGCCCACGUCUACGAGUACACCACUCAGGUAUCGCUCGACUCUGAUCUGAAGUUCAAGGGAGCUGAGAAGGGUAUUGUGCCUUGUCAAGUUAUUUUCUGUCUGAAGGAGCACAACCAAAAGAAGUUGAACUCCCACCGUUGGUUCUUUAACGCUUUCGGUCGCGCCCUCCAGCCCAACAUCUGUGUUCUUCUUGAUGUUGGUACUAAGCCAGAUCCUACUGCCUGUUAUCAUUUGUGGAAGGCCUUUGACAAUGACUCCAACGUCGCCGGUGCUGCCGGAGAGAUUAAAGCCGGUAAGGGCAAGGGCAUGCGUGGUCUGCUCAACCCUCUCGUGGCUAGUCAGAACUUCGAAUACAAGAUGUCCAACAUUUUGGACAAGCCCCUAGAGUCUGUCUUUGGUUAUAUUACUGUGUUACCUGGUGCGCUCAGUGCCUACCGAUUCUUCGCUCUCCAGAACGAUGCCGAUGGCAAUGGCCCCCUCAACCAGUACUUCAAGGGUGAAACCCUUCACGGUCAGGAUGCUGAUGUCUUCACUGCCAACAUGUACCUGGCCGAGGACCGAAUUCUUUGCUGGGAGUUGGUCGCCAAACGAGAAGAGAAGUGGGUGUUGAAGUUCGUCAAGAGUGCCGUUGGUGAGACUGAUGUGCCGGAUACCGUUCCUGAGUUCAUCUCGCAACGUCGACGUUGGUUGAACGGUGCAUUCUUCGCGGCUGUGUACUCCAACGUCAAUGCUAGCCAGAUCUGGAAGACUGAUCACAGUAUUGGUCGUAAAAUUUUGCUUCACAUUGAGUUUGUGUACCAAUUCUUCAACCUCCUCUUCACCUACUUUGGUUUGGCAAAUUUCUACUUGGCUUUCUACUUCAUCGCUGGCUCUUUGACUGACGAAAAACUUGAUCCUUUUGGCCACAAUAUGGGCAAAUGGAUUUUCUAUGUACUACGUUAUGCCUGCACCUUGACCAUGUGCCUGCAGUUCAUCAUUUCUCUGGGUAAUCGUCCGCAAGGUGCCAAGAACCUCUACUUGACUAGUUUCAUCGUCUACGCUAUCAUCAUGGCCUACACCAUCUUCUGUACCCUUUAUCUCUUGGUACUGGAGUUGGAGGCGCGUGCAGGAGUUGGCGAUAGUUCCCUCACAGUCAGCAGCACCUUGCUGAUGGAAAUUGUCAUCUCCAUGUUGUCAACUGUCGGCCUGUACUUCUACAUCUCCAUCCUUUACCUCGACCCAUGGCACAUGAUUACCUCCUCACUCCAAUACUUCUUGUUGAUGCCAAGUUACAUCUGCACACUGCAGGUGUACGCCUUCUGCAACACUCACGAUGUUACUUGGGGUACAAAAGGUGACAACGUCAUCAACCGCGAUCUUGGUACUGCAAAGACCAUCGACGGCAAAACCGUCUUGCUGGACAUGCCAUCAGAGCAACUCGAUAUUGACAGUGGCUACGAUGCUGCCCUCCGCAACCUCCGUGAUCGCCUCGAGGUUCCCGAGCCCCCACUCAGCGAUGCCCAAAUGCAAGAAGAUUACUACCGUGCCGUGCGUACGUACAUGGUCGCAGUCUGGAUGAUAGCCAACCUUGUUCUUGCCAUGGUCGUCACCCAGAUCUAUGGUGUAGACUCGGGCGGCACAAACAUCUACCUCUCAAUCAUUCUAUGGUCUGUGGCCGGUCUUGCCCUGAUCCGUGUCGUUGGCUCAACAACGUACGCCCUUUUGCACCUAAUCCACAAGAUCGUCGAAACAAAAACCAAGUUCGACGCUGGAAACCUCACGAACUUCGCUCCCAGCGUUUUCAGUGGAAGUAGUACCGGCGCAAGUGAGCGCACUGCUCAGAAGCCUGUCCGGUACAGCGGCAAGCCGAGUUUCAAGGAUCGUAUGAAUGAGGCUAGAUGGGCCGCUGGUCGGACAGCUGGAAAAGCGAUGUUCUGGCGCAAGUAG